CCUUCGUUGUUGCCGCCGCCGCUGCCCUGGUUGCUGGGGGUCGGUGAGAGGAGGAGCUGCGGCGGACCCUGUAGGGUCCGAGUCUGUAGCUGUUUUUGCCUGAGGAGUCUUUCUUCUUGCGUCGCACCCUGAAUCCCGUGGUGUCGAGGGGGAGUCCCUGCGGACACCUCGGCACGCAGUGGAGAUGCCUCUCUUUGCUACUAAUCCCUUCGAUCAGGAUGUGGAGAAAGCAACCAGUGAGAUGAAUACUGCUGAGGAUUGGGGCCUUAUUUUGGAUAUUUGUGAUAAAGUUGGUCAAUCUCGCACUGGACCUAAAGAUUGUCUUCGGUCUAUUAUGAGAAGAGUGAACCAUAAAGAUCCUCAUGUUGCUAUGCAAGCUCUGACUCUUCUAGGAGCAUGCGUAUCGAACUGUGGCAAAAUUUUUCAUUUAGAAGUGUGUUCAAGAGAUUUUGCUAGUGAAGUAAGCAAUGUAUUAAACAAGGGUCAUCCUAAAGUGUGUGAGAAACUAAAGGCUCUUAUGGUUGAAUGGACAGAUGAAUUUAAGAAUGAUCCACAGCUUAGUCUAAUAUCAGCAAUGAUUAAGAACCUUAAGGAACAAGGAGUUAGCUUUCCAGCUAUUGGCUCUCAGGCUGCAGAACAGGCAAAAGCAAGCCCAGCCCUGGUAGCCAAAGAUCCUGGUACUGCGGCAAACAAAAAGGAAGAAGAAGAUUUAGCAAAAGCCAUUGAGUUGUCCCUGAAGGAACAAAGGCAGCAGUCAACCACCCUUUCCAGUUUGUAUCCAAGCACGUCUAAUCUUGUAACUAACCACCAUCAUGAAGGCCGAAAAGUUCGUGCUAUAUAUGACUUUGAGGCUGCUGAAGAUAAUGAACUUACUUUUAAAGCUGGAGAAAUUAUUACAGUUCUUGAUGACAGUGAUCCCAACUGGUGGAAAGGUGAAACUCAUCAGAGCAUGGGUUUAUUUCCAUCUAAUUUUGUGACUGCAGAUCUCACUGCUGAACCAGAAAUGAUUAAAACCGAGAAGAAGACGGUACAAUUUAGUGAUGAUGUUCAGGUAGAAACAAUAGAGCCGGAGCCAGAACAAGCCUUUAUUGAUGAAGAUAAAAUGGAUCAAUUGUUGCAGAUGUUGCAAAGUACAGAUCCCAGUGAUGAUCAGCCAGAUCUGCCAGAGUUACUUCAUCUUGAAGCAAUGUGUCACCAGAUGGGACCUCUCAUUGAUGAAAAGUUGGAAGAUAUUGAUAGAAAACAUUCAGAACUCUCAGAGCUUAAUGUUAAAGUGAUGGAGGCACUUUCAUUGUAUACCAAGUUAAUGAAUGAAGAUCCAAUGUAUUCCAUGUAUGCAAAAUUACAAACUCAGCAGUAUUACAUGCAGUCAUCUGGUGUUUCUGGUUCUCAGGUAUAUCCAGGGCCUCCUCAAAGUGGUGCUUACCUGGUUGCAGGGAAUGCACAGAUGAGCCAUCUCCAGAGCUACAGUCUUCCCCCGGAACAACUGUCUUCUCUCAGCCAAGGAGCAGUUCCACCACCUGCAAACCCAGCCCUUCCUAAUCAGCAGACUCAGGCUUCUUACCCUAACACAAUGGUCAGUUCUGUUCAAGGAAGUACAUAUCCCAACCAGGCUUCAGUGUAUAGUCCUCCACCUGCUGCUGCUGCUGCUGCUGCUGCUGCUGCUGAUGUCACUAUAUAUCAGAAUGCAGGAACUAAUAUGUCCCAGGUGCCAAACUAUAAUUUAACAUCAUCAGCGCUUCCUCAGCCAGGAGGCAGUCAACAGCCACCUCAGCCACAACAACCAUAUUCUCAGAAGGCUCUGCUAUAGGA